UCUGCGCCUAGCCCAAUAGUUUGCUACAUUUUUGUUUUUUUUUUUUGGUUUAAUUUUCUUUCCCCCCUUAUAAUAAUCAAUAAUUUUGAUUCAUCAAUUUAGAGAUUUUGAUUUGAUAGGGUUAGAAGGCGAGCAUUCAAUCGGAAAUCAGAGCAAUCAAAGCUCUGAAUUAGGGUUUCCCACCUGCGUUGAUUGCCGCCCUUUCAUCUUUUUACAUAUAAACACAUAUAUAGUCGAUAUAUAUCAGUAAUGUCUGUAAAUUUCUUUCUUCAUUGUUGAUCAAUCACAAGUUUUGAUUCUCUCUCUCUCUCUCUCAAGAAAUUCAUCUAGUUAAUUCUCAGCGUUGUGAUCUUUUCGUGGGUACAUAGUAAAGGGUUUGAUUGUGAAAUUUGAUCAAGAUAUCGAUCUAGGGUUUUGAGUAUUUGAAUAUUGUGAGGGCGAUGGAUAAGAAGAAGGUUGCAGCUCCGCUCGUAUGCCAUGGGCAUUCUCGUCCUGUGGUAGAUUUGUUCUACAGCCCAAUUACACCAGAUGGGUUUUUCCUCAUCAGUGCCAGCAAGGAUUCCACUCCUAUGCUAAGAAAUGGAGAGACUGGUGAUUGGAUUGGAACCUUUGAAGGACAUAAAGGUGCAGUAUGGAGUUGCUGCCUUGAUACUAAUGCUCUACGGGCUGCAUCUGGAUCUGCUGAUUUUACUGCGAAAUUAUGGGAUGCAUUGACCGGGGAUGAAUUGCAAUCUUUUGAACACAAACACAUUGUUCGGGCUUGUUCCUUUUCAGAGGAUACACACCUCCUACUCACUGGUGGUGUUGAAAAAAUACUCCGUAUCUUUGAUUUAAAUCGACCAGAUGCACCUCCAAGAGAAGUUGACAACUCUCCUGGUUCAGUAAGAACUGUUGCGUGGCUCCACAGUGACCAGACUAUAUUAAGUUCGUGUUCUGAUAUUGGGGGUGUGAGGUUAUGGGAUGUGAGAAGUGGCAAGAUUGUCCAAACUCUUGAGACCAAGUCCCCUGUAACCAGUGCUGAAGUGAGUCAGGAUGGCCGCUACAUAACUACUGCAGAUGGGUCUACAGUUAAAUUUUGGGAUGCAAAUCAUUUUGGAUUGGUGAAGAGCUACAACAUGCCUUGCAAUAUCGAAUCAGCUUCUUUGGAGCCAAAGCUUGGUAAUAAGUUCAUUGCUGGAGGAGAAGACUUGUGGAUACAUGUUUUUGACUUCAACACUGGAGAAGAGAUCGGCUGCAAUAAAGGUCACCAUGGUCCAGUCCACUGCGUGCGGUUCUCGCCCGGAGGGGAAUCCUACGCCUCGGGAUCAGAAGAUGGAACUAUCAGAAUAUGGCAGACGGGCCCUUUGAAUCAUAACGAGAAUGAUGCAUCUGCGAAUGGUCCGACUGAGAAAUUGAAGGCUGCGGCUGAUGAGGUUGCCGGAAAGAUAGAGGGCUUUCAUAUUGCCAGAGAAGGGAAAGAAAAGGCAGCAGAUGCCUGACUGUGAACUUUAGAUAUGGUUUUUUUAGUUCUUACCUUUCUGAGCACGUUGAUGUGAUCUUCUUGGGAAUUUCUUCUUUUGGUUAAAUAUCUGCUAGUCCUCUCUUUUUUCUUUUUCUUUUUUAAAUUAAUUUUUAUUUUUAUUUUUAUUUUUAUUUUUCUAGCGUGGAGCUUUUACUAUGUUUUUGGUAAUCCUUAAUGUUUUUUGGGACCAUUUCUCGUCAUAGAUAAUAUGCAGAAUUUUAGAGGAUUAUAUGGA